GAAUUAUGAAGCUGUUAAUGUUAUUUUUCACAACGAUCAGUUUGUGCGGCUCAGACGUAUUUAUAAAUCAUUUGGAGUUUUACAAUCGCACGCGGCCUUCUAAAUCGUAUAGUUUUUCGUCUAGUUAUUUCAAUAAUAAUAAUGCUAUUUCGAAGCCGGGUAAGGGAAGGUUUCAGUGCGGUACAAGAACGGUAGAUUUUACUUUGAGGAGAGGGAAAAUUGUUGGAGGUUCCGAAGCGCCUUAUGGCGCUUUCCCAUGGCAGGUAGAGAUACAGAUGUUGGAUCCAGACAAGUUGACCUUCGACCACCACUGCGGCGGCGCUGUUAUACAAGAGAGAUUGGUGCUGUCGGCAGCUCAUUGCUUCGAUAAGAAGCCCCUACAAUUGGAUCACAUCAGAAUAAUAGUCGGUGAGCAUCGGUUGAAGAUUCAGGACAAGCACGAGAACAGAUUCCUGGUGGAGAAGGUGGUUCUACAUCCGGAGUUUAGAAAAAACGGACCGCACAGUAAUGACAUCGCACUGAUAGUCGUUGCACGCUCUGGUUCAGGGGUACAAUUCAACUCGCACGUGCGACCCAUCUGCCUGCCAGACCCAGAAGACACGACGGGUAAAUGGUGUGCAGUCAGUGGCUGGGGCUAUCAGGCAGAGAGCACAGAAAAUUUCGCGCCAGUCUUGAGAGCGGCGGCUGUUCCUGUACUGGAUCUAGCUACGUGCAGAAAGGAACAAGUACUCGGUGGGAGACAACAGACAAUUUUGGACUCGAUGAUAUGUGCGGGCAUUCUAUCCGGAGGAGUAGACGCGUGCCGAGGUGAUUCCGGUGGUCCACUUGCCUGUGUGUCUGGUAACCGCUGGCAGAUCCAUGGUGUGGUAUCGUGGGGAGCUGGAUGUGCCCGACGCAGCAGACCUGGAGUCUACACCAGAGUAGCCUCAUACUUGGAUUGGAUCAAAAACACUUCUGCAAAUUUGGGACAUAGUCUAGUAUAAAUAAGGGUUAUUUUCAUUAACACUGCGUAGACGAAUUGAUGAACUAUCUUGUGGAUGAUCAGCCAUUGACUCUCUACUCUUUGUUAAAGCAGUUAUUAGUCAAAUGAGGUUUCGUUGCGUAUGAUAUCUCCAAACUUUAAAAUGACCAUGAAAGUCUUUUGAGUGAAGCUCCUUCGGGAUGGCAGUUUUCCUGUGGUGAGCAGCCCAUAUAAUUUUCAACAUGUGCAUUAAAUAUCCAAUCUCAAGGGCAUCUAUGUGUUUACGAUAUUAUUGAUGGGUCGUGCAUGUUUUUUAUUCAUGUAACAAAAUAUGUUCUAUAAAGCAUGCCCCUAGGGGUUCUUUGGUCUAAAUACACCAAGUGGUUAUGAUUCGUACCUAUUUUGGCUUCAUACAGUUCUAUGUUGUCCUAUUUCAUUCCGACCAAUAAUUUAUUUUGUUAUAGCCACUAU